CUUACCCCUUGACAGUUUUCUGACUGAACUGUCAUUUCAAUCCAACUAAUCGAAAUUUGUAUUUUUAGAAAAUGCUGCGCCAGCCGCUGUCUCGGGCGCUAGCGCUGACCGCGGCGCCCCGUGUGGCUCCGGUCGCGCGCCACUACGCCGACCAGGUUCAGAAACAACCGGAAAAGAUCGAAGUUUUCAUUGACGACAAACCUGUACAUGUCUUCCCUGGCACCACUAUAUUGCAGGCUGCUGCAGAAGUGGGCGUAGAGAUCCCCCGUUUCUGUUACCAUGAGCGGCUGGCCGUAGCCGGCAACUGCAGGAUGUGCCUCGUAGAAGUAGAGAAGUCCCCAAAGCCGGCAGCAGCUUGUGCCAUGCCAGUCAUGAAGGGCAUGAGGAUCAAAACCAACUCAGACUUGACCAGGAAGGCCCGUGAAGGCGUCAUGGAGUUCUUGCUUGUGAACCAUCCGCUGGAUUGCCCCAUCUGUGACCAGGGUGGUGAAUGCGAUCUUCAGGAUCAAUCGAUGGCUUUUGGAUCUGAUAAGAGCCGCUUCACUGACAUACAUUUCUCAGGAAAGAGGGCCGUCGAGGACAAGGAUGUCGGGCCGCUCAUCAAAACCAUCAUGACGCGUUGCAUCCACUGCACGCGUUGCAUCCGCUUCGCGUCUGAAGUCGCUGGCGUCGAUGACUUCGGCACCACGGGCCGUGGUGGUGACAUGCAGGUCGGCACGUACGUGGAGAAGAUGUUCCUCUCGGAGCUGUCCGGCAACAUCAUCGACCUGUGCCCCGUCGGCGCGCUCACCUCCAAGCCCUACAGCUUCGCGGCCCGGCCCUGGGAGACGCGCAGGAUCGACUCGGUGGAUGUGCUGGACCCUCUCGGCAGCAACAUCGUGGUGGCCACGCGGACCAACGAGGUGCUGCGCAUCCUGCCCAGGACCAACGAGGAGAUCAACGAAGAGUGGCUGUCGGACAAGUCGCGGUUCGCCUGCGACGGCCUGAAGCGCCAGCGGCUCGUGACCCCCAUGCUGAAGGACUCCCGAGGCAACCUCACUCCUGUUGAGUGGGAGGACGCUCUAGUGGAAGCUGGUCGCGCGCUCAGGGACUGUCCCGGAGAUAAGCUGGUGGUGGUAGCUGGCGCCCUUGCCGACGCCGAAGCCCUGGUGGCGCUGAAGGACCUCGCCAACAAGCUGGGCAGCGAGGCCGCCUGCACUGAGCAGGGCUUCCCCACGGCCGGCGCCGGCACCGACCUGCGCUCCUCCUACCUGCUCAACACUAAGAUCGCCAACGUUGAAGAGGCCGACUUAGUGCUACUCGUCGGCACAAACGUCCGUUUCGAGGCUCCGCUGCUCAACGCGCGCAUCCGAAAGGCCUUCAUCCAUCGCGACACUGAUGUGGCCUUGAUCGGGCCCAAGAUCGACCUCACCUACGACUACAUUCACCUCGGCGAGGACGCGUCGAUAGUGAAAGAGCUCGCGUCCGGCUCGUGCUCGCACCCGGUGCUGAAGCGGCUGGAGCAGGCGCAGCGGCCCGUGGUGAUCCUCGGCGCCGACCAGCUGCGCGGCGCGGAGGGGGCCGCCCUCCUCGCGCACACGCAGGAGCUGGCCUUGAAGCUGCAGGACAAGCUCGCUGACAAGGACUGGAAGGUCCUGAACGUGCUUCAAAGAACCGCGUCGCAAGUAGCGGCGUUAGACAUCGGCUACCAACCCGGUGUGGACGCAGCUCUCGCCGCCGGACCGAAGGUUGUGUACCUGCUGGGCGCGGACGCAGGGGUCGUCACGCGCGAUAAGCUGCCCAAGGAUGCUGUCAUUAUAUAUCAAGGUCACCACGGCGACGCCGGUGCCGAGAUCGCGGACAUCGUGCUGCCCGGCGCGGCGUACACGGAGAAGCGCGCCACGUACGUGAACGCGGAGGGGCGCGCGCAGCAGACGCUGCCCGCCGUCACGCCGCCCGGCAAGGCCAGGGAGGACUGGAAGAUCAUCAGAGCCCUAUCGGAGGUGGUGGGUGCGCGGCUGCCGUACGACAACCUGGACUCGGUGCGCGCGCGGCUCGGCGAGGCCAGCCCCGCGCUGCUCGCCUACGGCGACGUGCAGGCUAACAAUUACUUCGCGCAGGCGCGCGCGCUCAACCAGAGUCUCCAGAAGCCCGUGUCGGGCAAGCUGGACGUGCAGCUGAAGUCGCUGGAGGACUUCUUCAUGACGGACGCCAUCUCGCGCGCUUCGCCCACCAUGGCCAAGUGCGUACAGGCCGUCAUCAAGCAGAAGGCGUCGCCUUAUUAAACCACCACCACGGUAUUUUCUACCUUAUUUUGUAGAACUUAAAACACAUUUUUGAUCGUAGAAGGAAACGUUUGAUAUGCCAGCGAACUAUAAAAUGUUGGGCGCCACUGCUAUGCCAGCAGUAGAAUUAUAGACCACAUUUUUGAAUAAAAAAGGGAAAUGUUUGAUAUACUAGUUAGGUAACUAAAAAAUGUUGGGCGCCACUGCUACGUGUUAUGUUGUAAGUAUACCUAUUGCGUAGUUCUGAUGAAACUGAACUGAAAUAAUGUUUUAAUAUCUAAAGAUAUUUAUUAUCAAAUAAUCAUUUUUUCUGCACUUUGAAAAAAGUUCAACAAAAAAUAGGGUAGAAAAUAUCCGGCUUAGACUUUGAAAUGCGGCGUAUUUAAUAAGUAUAUUCCUGAUAACUGUCGCUUGAUCGUUAUAUUUAUUAAUUGUUUAUAGUACAACAAUCGAGCGGCAGAUAUCUUCUAGGGUAAUAAAAUAACAAAUUUUUAUUUUGCCUUUCUGCAAUCAUUUUUUAGAAGAAAAUACUUCAGGAAAGCAUCUUAUAGUUGAAUCUUAACUCACUCAUCUUUUAUCUAAGAACAAUUAUAUUGAAUUCGACUAUGUACAUUGUGAUUUUGAAGCUAUUUAUUUUCUUAUUGUAAGUAUAAACUAGUGUUUUCAACUUUCCAAACUUUCCAACCUCAAAUAUAUGAAAUAAAACAUAGUAAAAGGGAACGAACGAAAUGCUACUAAGAACGGACAAGUGUAUCAACAGGUAAUUGUAUUGUAUAUAGUAAACAAUUGUAGCAUAUAAUAAAUGUAGUAUAAUGAUUGUCGAAA